AUGCAUGUGCGGCUGCACUGCAGGCCGCUGCUUGCGGUGACGCUGUUAGCACUUUCUGGAAUGCUCGUCACUCAUCUGGCAAGCGUGCCGCCGGAGAGCCCUAGCCCUUUAAGGAGCCCUUGGACGUCCGUAAUGGUUCCUGUUAUUUGCAAUGAUACGAACACUUCGACAGCUGUCGUUCGAAGGACGACAGCCUCGGAGCUUUCAGGCGCAGUUGAUGCUUUCUCGACUGGUUAUCGACGAUAUUUUGUUGGAUUGUGCAACCGGAGCUACACCAUUCCAGAUCUCUACGAGGUGUUUGCAGCUCAUUCAGUUGAGUGGGCGAUCUUGGGGAAGACUCAAGCUUGGUGGAGUGUCAUUUCGGUGAAAGAGUUGGAAGGACAAAGGGACCUUCCGAAAGAGCAAAAGCAGCGCUUCUACGCAAGCGGGAUCGAUCACCGCGAUCUGAUCCUUCGAGACAUAGAAGUGAACGGGACCAGGCCAUUGGACAAGACUUCUUCAGUGUUGGACUUUGGUUGCGGGGUUGGGCGCUUGGGAAUGGCCUUCGCCAGAAAGUUUGCCGAGGUGACUUGUGUGGAUCAAAGUGUUUUUCAUUUGCAGAUCGCAAAGUUGGAGUGGCAGAAUCAGAAGCAGGCCAACCCGGAAAGUCACCUUUCUUAUGGGCAGCUUGAUGUCAAAGUCUCCGGGCCUGAUUUGCUUGCUGCAGUGGCUGGACGGAGAUUUGAUUUCGUGUAUUCGAUGAUUGUACUACAACAUAUGGUUCCUCCUCUCCAAACUGUUUAUUUGGAACAACUCUGCGACAUAUUGAAACCGGGAGGACAAGGAUGGGUACAUAUUCCCACAAUGAUUCCAGAAGGUGAGUCCGUGAGCCCCUGUGACCUGCAUCUAUCAAUGACGAGAGGAGGAAUUCAAAUGCAUUAUACGCCGAAGACCUUUUUGGAAGAUAUUUUCAGAAAAAGAGGCUGCUAUGUCACAGUGGAAGAGAGAGGCAGUCUUUUGAUCAAUCCGGGCUACACAGCCGGCAUCAUCUUGUUCAACAAGCCACGCGUCUAG